AUGAAUCCGCCAAGCCAACCAGCCAAACCGCUCUCUGGCAUCCGUGACGAAAAUGCGGCAAGCAAAGGUAACACCUCUGAUCAGUCCAUUUUUCAACCACGCCAAUCAACACAAGCCUUGUCAUCCACUGCGGUGUCCAAAAAUCCGAAGCGCAAACAGAAGAAAUCACGCGGACAGUCCUCGCCUCAGCCUGCCACAGAGAAAUUGACUCAAAAGCGUGUGAAGUCUAAGGCAAGUGUGGCCAUUACACAAGCACAGGUGGGUAAAUAA